AUAAAAAUGACUUGUUUUACAAUUUUGGUUCUGAAUGUAUCCAUCCAAAACGACUUAACAGAAUGGAGUAUGGACCUCUAUGUGUCAUGUUUCUACUCCCUACCAAUUGGAAAUAGACACGUGGCAUUCAUGACAUCCCCCCUUCACUUUCCUCGGUUUCUACCUCUCUAAUCUCUAUCCUCUGUUUCCUUUUGCUCGGCUCGUUCGAAGAAAAAUUCAGAACGACUCUUCCUUGCGAUCUCCUUCACCAUUUUUUUCCCCCUUUCUUUCAGCUCGCCAAUUUUCCUGUUUAACAAUUCUCUUCCAGAUCUGCGAUCGGGGUUGAUUUUGAGCGUCAUCGCGCACGCGCCUAUUUCAUCUGUUUCCAUCAGCAGCUAGUUUCAGUCCCCCGUCUCCGACAACUUCAUCUCCUUCGGCAAGUAUGGGGUUCUGGCGAAGAAGAUAGAUAACAGGGCAAAAGAAUCUUUGCCGAAGAACAAAGCCCAACGUUGCUCUCAACCCUAGUCGAGGAGGCUUGUUCAUUCUACAGUAGAUUUUCGCCAAACUCUCAGCAAAUUUCUGGAAGGGGUGAAAAGUGAGGUAAUCUUCCCCCUUUAACUCGUUCUUGAAACUGAGGGUUCGCAUCCAUCAAAUUCCUGCAGUGCUUCAAUGCCUUUUCUACUUGGUUGGUUGAAUUGGUGUUCUUUACAUACCCGCAGGUUGAAGAAGAGAUGAUGCAGUUGCGGACAUAUGCAAGCCUCAGUCUGGUUGCUGCUCUGGCGGUUAUAUAUCAUGCAUUCAGCACAAGAGGCCAGUUUUAUCCAGCUAUGGUGUAUUUGUCCACCUCCAAGAUCAGUUUGGUGCUUCUUCUAAACAUGGGGCUAGUAAUGAUGUGUAUUUUGUGGCAACUGACCAAGAAGGUCUUCCUGGGCACGCUCCGGGAAGCUGAAGUCGAGAGGUUGAAUGAGCAGUCAUGGAGGGAGGUUAUGGAAAUCCUCUUCGCAAUCACUAUCUUCAGGCAGGAUUUUUCAGUGGGAUUCCUCGCUAUGGUUACGGCCUUGCUAUUAGUCAAGGCUUUGCAUUGGCUGGCUCAAAAGAGGGUUGAAUACAUUGAAACAACACCAUCUGUGCCUAUGAGGUCUCAAGUCCGGAUAGUAUCAUUUCUUGGGUUUCUUCUGCUUGUAGACAGUUUGUUUCUGUACAGCUCUAUAAAGUAUUUGAUAGACACUCGACAAGCCUCAGUUUCGCUGUUCUUUGCGUUCGAGUAUAUGAUACUGGCAACCACUACGGUGUCAACAUUCGUAAAAUACGUCUUCUAUGUGAGUGACAUGCUUAUGGAAGGACAAUGGGAAAGAAAGGCUGUGUACACCUUCUACUUGGAACUUAUCCGGGACUUACUUCACCUGUCGAUGUACCUAUGCUUCUUUCUUGUGAUCUUCAUGAACUAUGGUGUGCCCUUGCACCUGAUCCGAGAACUUUAUGAGACGUUUAGGAAUUUCAAAAUCCGUGUUGCCGAUUACCUUCGUUACAGGAAGAUAGCUUCCAAUAUGAAUGAUCGGUUUCCAGAUGCAACACCUGAAGAGCUUAACGUAAGUGAUGCUACCUGCAUUAUUUGCCGUGAAGAGAUGACCACAGCCAAAAAGUUAAUUUGCGGACAUCUUUUCCAUGUUCAUUGUCUCCGUUCCUGGUUGGAACGCCAGCACACCUGUCCUACUUGCAGAGCAUUGGUUGUACCGCCUGAAAAUGGUGCUAGUACAUCUGGUGGCCAACCUGGGUUGCGGUCAAACACUAAUCAAAAUUCCUCAAGCAGUGCUAGUACAUCUGCGCAAGGUUCAGCUGGUGAUGGUGCUGAUGAUGAUUUGAGCCGACAUCAAGCAAGACUCCAAGCAGCUGCCUCUGCAGCAGCUAUGUACGAGAGAUCAUUUGUGUAUCCCUCUCCGAACACUCUAGUGUGGUCUCCUGGGUAUGCUCUAUUUCCUGAAGGACAGAGACCUUCAGCCAACAACAGUUCAGCAGCUGAAGGAGAAGUGAGUGUGGGUGGACAAUCCCAACCCCCAUUUCAGUUCCAUGCCGGGCCUUCAAACAUGCCGUCUCUGCCUCAAGUCCCCCCAGUCAUGUUCGUUCCGUAUCAAGGAGCUGGUGGCAGUAAUCUGAAUGUAAGAGGACACAGCAGCGGCUUGGGAGGGCUGUCAAGUUCUGAGAUGGAAGCACAGAGAAAGUUUCUGCAAAGCCAGAUGGAGGUGCUUCAGAGCCAGCUCCAGCUUCUGGAGAAGCCCAAAGCAGAGGUGGAAAAGAUGGUACCAACCGACCCUGCGGCAUCUUCGUCGGAGAGCAAAGGCAAGGGGAUCGUAUCGUCUUCUUCCCCGGCGCCGGAAUCUCAUGAGGAUGACAUUUAACUAUCGCAUUUUUCACGACAGAGAUAGAAGACUCGCCUUUUUUUUAUCUCUUACCUUCUUGUUCAGCGUGUAAUAUAGAUACAUAAUAUCGGAAAUCAAUGCAUUAGCCAAGUGGAAAAGAAAUUUUUCUCACGUUUCCUUUUUAACUAACAUUACAUAGACAACUAGGGUUGUAAAGAGCCAAGCUUAUCAGGAGCAGCUGGUGGGUCGGUUUGGGGAAAAUCAAUGAGUCGAGAUUGAAGUAUGUCAUGUUCUGUAUGCAAGGCUUGUGAAUCAACUCGAUGAGUAAGAGAUUGGGGUAUGCCAUGUUUUGUAUGCAAGGCUUGUGAAUCAGCUCGAUUUGAUGGCUUGUUGAGUUUAAUUCGCAUUUUGACUCGUUUUGAGCAUAAGUUGGCUUUUUUGUGUGGCUUGUGAGCGAGGCAGCUCGACUAAAUUGGGUUGAUAAUCAUUUAUAGAUUUGUUGAAUCAUAUCUACAUGUAAUGUUUAACACUAUGGGCCAACACUGAUUAAUAAUAAAGAUUCACAGGUUUUACCGUAAAAGAAAAAAAAGAAGUAAUGUUUAACACUAUGAGCUCGAGUCGUGUUCGCCGCAAGCUGAUUGAUGAAUUACGAGUUUGUGAGUUUAUUAAUGAGUCAAUCUCUAGUCGACCUCGUGUGAAAUACAGAUUUCAGUAAAUGAGUUGAAUUUGAACCCAGAGUCAUUUACUAACGAGCUCAGUCUCGAUAAAGUUGAAAUUCAACCUGACUUGAUUUGUUUGUCGCCACUCGCCACUGGUGGGAAGGCGUGGAGGGUGGAAGUAAAGUAAUGGAAGAAAAGAAAAUUAAAAUGCAUCAGAAAUAAUCUACACAUAAUAUAAUACACCGAAGGGAAAAACGGGAGCCCCAUUUCAAAUUUCCUGCAACGAGAGUGAAAGUAGGAAGGACAUUUUGGUCUUCACAAUUACUUUUUUUUAUUCAUUAAAAAGACACACAUAAUAUAAUACACCGAAGGGAAAAACGGGAGCCCCAUUUCAAAUUUCCUGCAACGAGAGUGAAAGUAGGAAGGACAUUUUGGUCUUCACAAUUACUUUUUUUUAUUCAUUAAAAAGACACGUACUGGGAUUCGAACCAUGUCCAUUUUAAAGAAAAGCAAGGAACAUAACCAAUCACACUAAAUACAUUUGUUGCAUUCUUUUAAAUCAAAAACAUAUAAUAGCAGGGAGGAAAAACCCCCUUCCCCCAUUUCAAAUUCCCUGCUCCAUGAGCGUCUGUAGGAAGGGUAGAAUAGGUAGUGUUAAUUUUUUUUCUCUUUCCUCUGUGGAACGGGCCAACUUACCGUACACAUGCGGAUUUAAACGGGUUCAGGAGUGUCAAUUUUUUUCUUUAACCCCUUGUAUUUCUCCGUGGUGAUACAAUAUAUAUGAAAAGGCAAAAACAAUACUUCUUUUUAUGCUAAAAAUAAAAAAAAAUUAACAAUAAACUAAUGCAUGGUAUCUAAAGGGCUAACCGCUAACCAUAAAAUAAAAGAGUUGAAUGGGCCUGACCUACACCGGAUUUGGCCAUCAAGUAAAACAAAUGAACAUCAUUGGUUUGACAUUCUAAAACAAGCUAUUUUCUCUAGCAUAAUAUAUAUUAUUAUAUUAUUUUAUAUUUAGUGGCUAAAAUAUAAUGUAGUUUAAAGU